GAAGGAAUGACUAGCUGAUGCCUUCUGAUUUCUGAAAGAGAAGCUGCUUCCAUGCCCUGCUCUAGUACUGAGGUACUGACUGGACUUGUGUGAAGUCACACAGAUUCAGUGUGAACUCAUGAAAGGAAGCUUUCUUCCAUUGAGCUUAUUUUUUAUAAAGCAUUGAGAGGACUCUUCCGGGUCACCUUUUCGUAUUCAAUGGCCUUUGAGGAACUCCUAAAUCAAGUUGGUGGCUUGGGGAAAUUUCAUUUCCUUCAGAUGGCUUUAAUUCUUACCAUUUAUAUGACCCUUAUGCCUCAUGUGAUAUUAGAGAACUUCACUGCGGCCAUCCCUGGUCACCGCUGUUGGGUCCACCUCCUUGACAAUGACACCAUCUCUGGGGCCCUCAACCAAAAUGCCCUCCUGAGAAUCUCCAUCCCACUGGACUCCAACCUGAGGCCGGAGAAGUGCCGUCGCUUUAUCCAGCCUCAGUGGCAGCUUCUUCAUCUCAAUGGGACCUUCUUCAACACAAAUGAGUCAAACACUGAACCCUGUGUGGACGGUUGGGUGUAUGAUCGAAGUACCUUCCCCUCAACCAUCGUGACUGAGUGGGACCUAGUAUGUGAUAAACAGACAAAGAGAUCAAUGGUUCAAUUCUUAUAUAUGAUGGGAAUGCUGAUUGGAGGCUGCAUAAAUGGUCCUCUUUCAGAUAGGUUUGGGAGAAAGCUUAUUCUCAGAUGCUCUUUACUCCUGUUUGCCACCCUUGGAACCUGUGCAGCCUUCGUUCCCACCUUCCUCAUGUACUGCUCACUACGCUUCUUGAUGGGUUGUUUAUCUUCCGCCAUCAUGGCAAAUAAUGGCUUGCUCAUUACUGAAUGGAUAAGGUCCCAGUCAAAAACCAUGGUUGUAACAGCAAUAUCCUCUUUCUUAAGUAUUGGUCAGAUAAUUCUGGGAGGGCUGGCCUAUGUCUUCCAAGAAUGGCGUACCUUGCAGUUGGUGACAUCUGUACCUUUCUUCAUCUUCUUUUUAAUCUCAAGAUGGUUCAUAGAAUCUGCUCGGUGGCUGAUUACCACCAAUAAGCCAGAACAAGGAUUAAAGGCCCUUAGAAAAGUGGCAUGCAUAAAUGGUAUAAAGGAUGCUGGGGACACUCUGAACAUAGAGGUUGUGAGAGUUACCAUGCAGCAAGAGCUGGUGGAAGCACAGAAAAACACUUCUAUGUUUGACUUGUUCCGCACUCCUAACCUGCGUAAGAGGAUCUGUAUCCUGUCCUUUGUGAGAUCUGCAAUCAUUGUACCAUUUUAUGGCAUUGUUAUCAAUCUGCAGUACUUUGGAAGCAACAUUUUCCUCUUCCAGGUAUUAUUUGGAAUUGUGACUACCUCAGCUCGAUUUCUUGGAUUUUUCGCACUGCGUCAUUUUGGCCAUCGAUUGAACCAGAUAAUUCUCUUUUCUCUGGUGGGAAUUUUAAUCCUUCUCAACAUUUUUGUGCCACAAGAAAUGCAGAUCCCACGUGUGGCUUUAGCAAGUGUGGCAGUCAGUUUAGUGAGCAUUGCCAUGUGUGAAUCUGGAAUCCACUUCCUUGAACUCAUCCCUACCGUCAUCAGGGCAAGAGCUUUAGGAAUAGACACAAUAUCAUCUCGGUGCGGGGCAGUCCUCGCUCCCCUCUUGAUGACCCUGGUGGUGUAUCAUCCUUCUUUGCCCUGGAUCGCCUACGCCAUCUUCCCUAUCCUUGCUGCUCUUCUUGUUUUCUUCCUACCUGAAACCAGAAAUCAACCAUUGCUUGAUACCAUUAAUGAUGUGGAGAAGAACCAAAAAACACCCAACAAAGGAAAUAUAAAAGACUCCUACAUGAAAGUGACAAAAUUUUAAGAUUUUAUCAAAUAAUUAAUGAGGA